UGCACUGUCUAUGCACAUGACAAGGGGGCAGCCAUGCAGAGGGAUCAGUUAGCACUGAACUGUGCCUGUGUAAUCUUGCACUGUGUUUGUGUGUAUACUUGUAGAUGGCGAGUGGACAGCUGCCGAGGGCCGAGGCGUUGGCGUGCUCAGGCUGCAGGCAUGCAUGCCACGUGAUGCUCUACUGUGACACGAAAAGUCAGCUGUUUGGGAGACUUCCUAUCAGACAUAUCAUACUGAUGCAAAUGCGCUUUGACGGUCUGCUGGGUUUCCCUGGAGGGUUUGUCAAACCAUCGGAGGAAACCCUGGAGGCGGGACUUAGCCGGGAGGUGUUGGAGGAGCUGGGUGUAGCUCUUCCUAUAAUGGAAGAUGAUCAUGCGGCUUCUUGCUAUGCCCCUGCUUCCUCCUCCCCGUCCUCCCGUCUUAUCACUCACUUCUACGUGAAGAAGAUGGAGGAGGAGCAGAUUAGGGAGGUGGAGAGAGUGGCUGCAUCCACUGCAACAGAUCAUGGACAGGAGGUUCUAGGAAUGGUCAGAGUCCCUCUGUACACAACUAAAGGCGGCGGAGGCCUCGCGGCAUUCCUGUCGCACUCGUUCAUCGGUAAUGCUCGCUCCCAGCUGACCGACUCUCUGCUACGUCUCAACCUGGUUGCCCCUGAGGAGUUGCAUAAAGCCCUCACACACUCUCUGAAGAUACACACACACACCGCAGAGGACCUGCAGGUGGCCUUUGUGCAAACGGAGGCAAAGAGGAAACAGUUUUGAAACACAUCUGCACCAGCACAUCCUCUCCAGCACACACAUAGAUACAUUUUGCCUGUUAGCAAUGUUCAACACAAUCCUUCACUCACACACUUAAUCCUACACACAUACACACACUGUCACACUGAUUCUGGCCUGGUGACUCAUAAUUGCCUCAUGGAUCAACCAGUUGAGGAGAAAACAGUAUCAACUGCUCCAUUAUUAAUAGAAAUGAAAUAAUUUAACUGU